GGGAUGUCAGCACUCAGAAAAUUUACAGGCAUGAACGGAAAAGAACAUCGAUGUAGCGAUCUGCCGUUUCUGGAGCCGCUGAACGAUCCGUCGACGCUCCCAUUCCGAAAAUAUGAGUUGUUUGGCGAUGGGUUCGAUUCACCGCUCCAUUCACCGUUGUGGCAGUUGGAGAUACCUGCUCUAUCACGCUUGAAUUUCUUCGCAGAAACAGACGAUUCGAGCAACUCAUCGAAUAUAAGCUCACCAGUCUUCCCUCUAUUCAGUUUUACACCCAGAGGAUCAGGUGGAAGUGAUGAACAGCUUACUGGUCUUACUAACAGUUCCGAAGAUCUGGGAAUUUUUUGGAAGAAAACGACAGCGACGGCAAUUGAAGAUCCAGGGUCCGUUUGGGCGGCGGGAAUGGAACCAGCUGAGACUAUGGAAGCUGUCUGGAGGAUGGGAAAGCAUUCGGCUGAAAAUCUGGGGGCUGUUUCGAGAAGUUCAGUAACAAGCAGUGAUCCAAGAUUGGUUUACACGGAAACAAAAUCCCCCGAAGAAAGAAAGGAUGUUUGGUGCGGGGCGCCGGUGUCUGAGGAUCCGCAAAUCAUGUGGAUGACUGCUAGGAAACUCUCACCUGCAGUGCUUCCUGCAACAGCCCCGCCGGUUCUAUCGUCGGCGAAUAUCUUUACAUUUCCGCCACCAACAGUGCGCGACAGAGCUUAUUCGGCUUCUUCUGCAAUCCCAAGUUACCGGUGGAGUAACACUUCGGAUCCGGAGCGAUGUGGCUACUGCGUCAAAACAAACAAACAUCCGCAAAAUCAUAGUAAACGCGAAUGUCCAGAACUGGCAAAGCUGGCACCAUGCAGACAAUACUGUCCAAUGAGGAAGAAUGUGCAGCUGGCACUGAAAAAAUGA